AUCCAUGAACAAAAACAUCCAGGCGUUAAUUUCACUGCUCAGCUACAUUUAAUCAAGUAUAUUCGGAUAUAUGGAUACUUGAGGUUGCCCAUCAUUUCCCUGGGGGGACAUGGCGCGAUGGAUAUCUCCAAGAACAUUUACGCGUCCAGCCCUCUGCCAGCUAUGAAUCUUUUAAUAACCUGCAGAGAGGAGUUUUGAGACACUUUUUUUUAUAGUUAUCUGAACUUCUGUGAUGAAUUUGAAACGAAAGGAGGGGCGAAUGUCAAAGGAACUGACCACGAGUUGAGGAGAAAAAAAAAACCUAAGGGAAAGAUGUCUACAUUUGCCACCCACCCGAAAUCGAUUGUAUUACAUUCAAGAAGCUUCGCACUUGACGUAUAAAAACAAGACGCAUGUUCUCAAGAAAGACACGAGACAACAGGAACUGUUGGAAGAUAUAUUUUUCUCUGACAACUUUGCGUGCACAUCAUUAGAGGUAGAAGCACCUACCAAUUUAUAAUCGCGCUGGAAAGCCAUGCGGGCUGAGAAGAGAUGGCACAUAUUGUUGAGUAUGAUUCUUUUGCUCAUCACCUCCAGCCAGUGCAUGGACAGCAGGGAGGUAAAAGAGUCGGAAAGGAAAACUCUGCUUAAUCUAAUCCUGCAAGUGAUCGAGGACAAGCCCGCGUCCAGACGCGUCACCAGUGGCCUCUACUCUGUAUCUCAAGAUGUGAAGUUUUCCUCUCGUGAAAGGACUGCACAUUUGCCCAAGCCGGACAACAGCAGACCAAUAGAGAUUGUCCCAAGAGACAUAAGCAUGAAAGACAAAUUUAUAGAACAUUUUACAGCAGGUCCAGUCAAGUUUCCAUCUGAAUGCAGGACACAUUUCCAUAGAAUUUAUCACAAUACAAAGGAAUGUUCCAGACCGACAUAUUACAAAAGAUGUGCACGAUUGCUAACGAGGCUAGCUAUGAGCCCGCUUUGCACACAAUCAUAGAAACCGCAUGUCCUGAGGAUAUAAACUCUGAAGAAACUCCAGAGAUGUUGGAGUUAAUUAUUUUUUCUGAGGAAGUGCCUUCGAAUCACUGCAAUUAACUGUCAUUGUUUUCAUGUAUGUCAUUUCCAUUUAAAGUAUAAUUGUUCUAUAAUAAUGAUACAGUAUUUUUUUGCUUUUUAUCAUAAUUUAUGUUUUUUGCUCUUAAAAUAUAGUUUUGUUUAAAGCUUUGCUUUUUAUAUUAUGAGUUUUAAAGAAAGUAUUAUUUAUCAUUGCAGCCAAUUAUUUAUUUAAAUGAUAUGUAAAUAUUCCGUCCUGAUUACAUUUAAGUAUGUAUCUCAUUAAGCCACCAUUACUCUUUUGUUCCAAAUAUAUAAUUUCAAAUCAAUUUUUUUUCCAUUCCAUACACUUAAAAAAAAGACUGUGUACAUGAAAGUUUCUUUACCAUGCUGUCAUUUCCAUGAUAUCUACCAUUGGCACUUAUAGAAAAUCAAAUGAUGAGUUAUUUCGAAUUAUAAAAACACAUUGUUUGAUAACAAUGGUAAUAUUGC